CUGUUUAUUUUGCACACGGCACGAAUCCCGCGUUAAAGUGUCGUAUUGAGCCAGUUGACAGCGGCGAAUAGUUGAAUAGUUUACGCUGAAAGGCUGUUACAUUUAUUCUCAUAAAGUGAGGUUGGAUUGAUUUAAACAGAUAAAAACAUGCCUAAGUGUCCAAACUGUAAUAAGGAAGUUUACUUCGCCGAGAAGGUGACGUCACUCGGUAAAGACUGGCACAGACCUUGUCUAAGAUGUGAGAAAUGCAAGAAGACGUUGACGUCUGGCUCACAUGCUGAGCAUGAUGGAAAGCCGUAUUGUAAUAAUCCGUGCUAUUCGGCAAUGUUCGGCCCUGGAGGUUUUGGAAGAGGCGGAGCCGAAAGCUACACAUUUGAUAAAAAAUGAGGAUUUUUUAAUCUUCUGGUUGACAAAUGUUUAAGCAUAAUUAUAUACAACCCAUUAUAACAAAUCUAUCUUCAAUUUAGAAAUAUUGCUAUCAUUAAAUCUACAAAUGUCUAAAGUGCAAUUAUAUAAAUUGAAACUAACCGUCAAUAAAAUGUUUAAUUUGAAA